AUGGCAACGAACAGUCUCAGUCUGCAUUCAGCAUGGCAACGAACCGUCUCAGUCUGCAUGGCAACGAACAGUCUCAGUCUGCAUGGCAACGAACAGUCUCAGUCUGCAUGGCAACGAACAGUCUCAGUCUGCAUGGCAACGAACAGUCUCAGUCUGCAUGGCAACGAACAGUCUCAGUCUGCAUUCAGCAUGGCAACGAACAGUCUCAGUCUGCAUGGCAACGAACAGUCUCAGUCUGCAUUCAGCAUGGCAACGAACAGUCUCAGUCUGCAUUCAGCAUGGCAACGAACAGUCUCAGUCUGCAUGGCAACGAACAGUCUCAGUCUGCAUUCAGCAUGGCAACGAACAGUCUCAGUCUGCAUGGCAAUGAACAGUCUCAGUCUGCAUGGCAACGAACAGUCUCAGUCUUCAUUCAGCAUGGCAACGAACAGUCUCAGUCUGCAUGGCAACGAACAGUCUCAGUCUGCAUUCAGCAUGGCAACGAACAGUCUCAGUCUGCAUGGCAUUGAAAAGUCUCAGUCUCCAUUCAGCAUGGCAACGAACAGUCUCAGUUUGCAUUCAGCAUGGCAACGAACAGUCUCAGUCUGCAUUCAACAUGGCAACGAACAGUCUCAGUCUGCAUUCAACAUGGCAACGAACAGUCUCAGUCUGCGUGGCAACAGUCUCAGUCUGCAUUCAGCGUGGCAACGAACAGUCUCAGUCUCAAUUCAGCGUGGCAACGAACAGUCUGUGUCCAUUCAGUGUGGCAACGAACAGUCUGUCUCCAUUCAGCGUGGCAACGAACAGUCUGUCUCCAUUCAGCGUGGCAACGAACAGUCUGUCUCCAUUCAGUGUGGCAACGAACAGUCUGUCUCCAUUCAGCGUGGCAAAGAACAUUCUCAGUCGCUGGUUCUACUUUCUAUAAUCUUCUUCUACGAUCAUCUAAUUCAAACAUCCCAAGUCAUCAUCAUCCCCCUCCCAUGA